GCGGCGGGCGGGCGGCGGCGGCGCGCCCUGCGCUCCCUGGGCAGCCUGGCCGGGCGGCUGCUCCGCACCUGGGCGCGCCUGGCCGGGGGCCGCGGGAGCCGCCGCGCCGCCCCGGAGGACGACGAGGGCGGGUUCCGGGGGGGCGGCCCCGGCGGGGAGCGGCGGCAGCGGCGGCGGCCCGGGGGGGCGGCGGCGGCGGCGGGGAGCGGGAGCGGGAGCGGGGGGGAGCGGCCGCCGGGCGCGCAGGGGCUGCGGAACCACGGGAACACCUGCUUCAUGAACGCGGUGGUGCAGUGCCUGAGCAACACGGCCCCGCUGGCCGAGUUCCUGGCGCUGGGCCGCUACCGCGCCCGCGGGGCCCGCGCCGAGGUCACCCACCGGCUGGCCGCCCUGGUCCGCGCCCUCUGGACCCGCGACUACACGCCGCAGCUCUCCGCCGAGUUCAAGAACAUCGUCUCCAAGCACAGCUCGCAGUUUCGGGGCAACGCGCAGCACGACGCCCUCGAGUUCCUGCUCUGGCUGCUGGACCGCAUGCACGAGGACCUGGGCGCUGCCUCCCCCGCCCAGCAGACCCGUGUCCCCGAGGAGCCCAGCGAGGACAGGAGCGACGGUGCCAGCAGCUCCCCACCAGCCGCCCAGCAUCCCCGCGGGCAGAGCUUCGUGCAGAGCCACUUCCAGGCGCAGUACAGGUCCUCCCUGACGUGCCCUCACUGCCUGAAGCAGAGCAACACCUUCGAUCCCUUCCUGUGCAUCUCCCUGCCCAUCCCGCUGCGCCAGACCAGGGCUCUCAACGUCACCCUGGUGCUGCAGUGCGAGCGCCGGCGGUUCGUGCGGGUGGGGCUGGCCGUGCCCCUGCUGGGCACCGUGGCCGAGCUGCGGGAGAUGGUGGCGCGGGAGGGACGCAUCCCCCCGGAGCAGGUGAUCCUGGCCGAGGUGUCCCCGCGGGGCUUCCUGCGCUCCCUCGGUGACGCGGAGGAGCUGGGUGCUGCCGGGGAGGGGGCUCCCCUCUACGCCUUCCAGCCCCCGCCGGCCUGCCGCGCAGGGUGCCCCCGCAGCCUGCCCGCCUCCCCCGGGGCGGCCCACCCGGACGGGCAGCGCCCGCUGCCCGCCGCUGCCCGCUCCUCCGACUGCCUGCACCGCGGGGCGGGCGGCCGCAUCCUGCUGCUGCUCUGCAACACGGCGGGCGCCGGGCCGCGGCUCGCCAGGUUCGGGCCGCCGCUGGUGCUGCGGGAGGAGCGGGGCGUCUCCUGGGAGCAGCUCCAGCAGAGCAUCCUGGCCCAGCUGCGGGCGCUGCUGCGGGGCGAGGUGCAGGCGCAGGGCGCGGGAGCCCUCUUCCGCAUCCGCCUGGCCGGGGGCUCGGCCCCCUGCACCUACCUGUCCCCGCAGGACCCCCGCCCUCUCUGCCACCCCGCCGUUGACAGAGCCCUGCAGCUGAGUGGGACGGGUGGCCCUCCCCACGUGAAGCUGACGGUGGAGUGGGACCUGAGCACCAAAGAGCGCCUUUUCGGCAACGUCCAGGAGGAGGUGGUGCAGGACGCAGAGAGCGUGCGGCUGCAGCAGCAAGCGCACCGGCAGCAGCACAGCUGCACGCUGGAUGAGUGUUUCCAGCUCUACACCAAGGAGGAGCAGCUGGCCCCGGAUGACGCCUGGCGCUGCCCGCACUGCAAGGUGCCCCAGCAGGGCACGGUGAAGCUGAGCCUCUGGACGCUGCCCGACAUCCUCAUCAUCCACCUCAAGCGCUUUCGCCAGGUGGCUGAGCACCGGCACAAACUCACCACGCUGGUGAAGUUCCCCCUGCGGGGUCUCGAUAUGGCCCCCCACGUGGCGCAGCGGGGCCAGGCCGGCGGGCAGCUGUUGGGGCGCUGGGCGCCCUGGCAGCCCCCCCUCUGCCUGCCCCCGAGCUGCCCCCGCGACUACCUCUACGACCUCUACGCCGUCUGCAACCACCACGGCAGCAUGCAGGGCGGCCACUACACUGCCUACUGCUGCAACGCCCUGGACGGGCGGUGGUACAGCUACGACGACAGCAGGGUGGAGGGGGUGCGGGAGGCGGAGGUGAGCACCCGCAGCGCCUACAUCCUCUUCUACCAGCGCCGCAACGCCGUGCCCGCGUGGUCGGCCAGCAGCUCCGUCAGGGGCUCCACCGCCUCGUCGCUCGCCGAUCACUGGCUGGCCCGCCUGGGCGGCAGCACGUGGGACACCGCGGCCACCCGGUCCUCCCCGCCUGGCACCCCCGAUGCCACCGCCGCCCCGGAGAAAGGUGGCUUCGAGGCCAGACCCUUGGUGCGCGGCGUCCAGGGCCGCAGCCUCAGCGUCAAGGUCUCGCCCGCCGGCGGCCCCCCCAGGGCCGUGCCCCCGCGUUGGUCCUUCGCCGGCAAGGAGCGGGGGCGGCCGGGGGUCCCAGGGGAGCUGGUGGCCUACCUGGAAUCGGGGCGCCGGCCCCGCUGCACCCGCCGCUCCCUCUUCCCGCUCGGCACAGGUGGGGAGAGCGGCCCCGACGCCCCCCCGGCCCCCAGCCCCGCGCCAGCCGGCCCCCCGAAACAGCCCGACAAGGGGCAGGAGGAGGCGGGCACCCCCCGAGCCCCCCGCCAACCCCUCCGCGUGCCAACGCUGCGGCGAGCCGCCAGCGCCGGCGCCGAGGGGUCCCUGCGCCUGCCCCCCAAAAGCCAGAGCAGCCCGGGGCGGAGCGGGGACGGGACGGGGGGGGCUCCGCCGCCCCGGGCUGCCGCGGCCGGAGGGGGACGCGGGUGUCCCUGUGGCACGGCUGUCCCCCGGCCCGGCGGCCAUGGCGCGCUCGCACAGCUCGGCCAGCCUGCCCCCGCGUCCCAAGGGGGGCCUGCGGCGCUCGGCCUCGCUGGGCAGGGGCGCGGGGGGGGCCCCCCCUGCCUGCCCGGGGCCCCCCCGGGACCAUGCUGCAGCAGGGACGGCAGCCCGUGGGCUCGCUGUGCCGCCCGGCCGUGCCCGAGUCCAGCUUCUGAGCCAGGGCCGGCGGGCAUCCCCACCGGGGGCAGCUCGAACCGGGGGCUCCCGAACUGGGGGCUGCCAAACUGGGGCUAUGCCAAACUGGGGCUAUGCCAAACUGGGGGUGUCUUAACCCAAGGGCUCCUGAACCAGGGGAUCCCAAACAAGGGCAUCCUAAAGCAGGGUCAUCCUGAACCAGGAACAUCCUAACCUGGGGGCAUCCCCAAACUGGAGGCAUUCAGGUAUCCCGAAGCUGGGUCAUCCCAAACGCGGGGCUCCCGAACCAGGGGUAUCCCAAACCGGGAGCACCCCAAAGCAGAAGCUCCUAAAUCAGGGCAUCCCGUCCCAGGGCAUCCCGCCCCAGGGGCAUCCUGAACUGGGGGCAUCGCCCACUCACCUCCCCAUGCCCCUUCCCCGGGAGCAGGCAGGCGGGCACGGGCUCCGCCAGCUCGAAGACGUGAGAGUAUUUAUUGUACCAGGAGAGUUUUAUUCAGAGACGCUUUUUGUUUUCUAAAAGGCGACUAUUUUGGGGGGGCGGGUGGGCGGGUCCCCCACACCAAGAUCUAUGCAAUACGCGAUUCCUCCAGCCAGCUUUUGUAUGCGGGGGUGCAGCCCCCACCGCCGGCGGUUUCUAUUAAAGACACGUGAAAGGA